AUGCGUGACCGCGACGCAUUAUGGGAUCUUGAGCAUACAAGCAGUCACGAUGGGCCUAGCGUCACGCCCACGAGUUUCAAGACACAUCUCAAUCAGCUUUCUGGAGAUCUACCACUACUUGGCAAACCAACGACGAAGAAGAGAAUCUACUAUUUGGGUCUAGGGACGGCUGUACUGUUCUCCAUCUGCCUCGCCCUAGGAAUCUUGGUGGUUUCUCAUGAAUCCAUCUCUUGGUAUCUCGGUGUUGGUAAUAACCAGCUCGUUGUCGUCGGACUCCUUCUCAGCAUCAUGAGUCUGUGCCUAGGCAGCGUCACGCCGACUCUGUUCGUUCUCUUGGAGGCCAGAUUCGGCGAGUUCACUUUCUGGAACUACGACGGGCUUCGACGCAUCAAGCCCACCGCCUCGAGACUCGGUAUUUCUUGUGGAGUUACACUCAUCCUCAUGUUGGCUCUUCCCAUUGCUCUCAGCGUCGCGUACAAGACCUUUACAGGCGGCGAGAGUCAGAUGGAGAUCGACGGCUUUGACUACAUCUCUAACAAGACCCAUUAUGGCAUGUUCCAGCCGCCCAACAUACUUUUAUUCAACGACGUCUCUGGGCUCUUCAGCGCAACCACGGGGUUUCGGGAAGCCACGAAGCUCAGCUCAAAUAGCUCCAAGUCAGACUUUUCCAACGCUACCGGGCGCAUAUAG